AUGACACAGGAAAAAGAGUCAACCCCUAGCACACCCUCUAGCGGGGGCGUGCUCGAGUCCCAAGGCCUCAAGUCGCCAAACAGACAACCAUCAACCCGCUCAAGGGCAUGGAAGCAUCUCAACGAGAAUGUCUGUGCCUCGGCCCUCGCCGAGCUCGAGCUCCUCAUCCUCACCUUCUGCAUUGGUCUCCAAGACGCCGUCUCCUUCCCCGACUUCCACUGCUUCGCCUCCAACCAGACCGGCAACACCGUCUUCCUCGUCCUAGCCAUCGUCCUCCCCGAAGCCGACGGCGACAUGUUCUACACGGCCAACAUCGGCAUCGCGCUGGGCUUCUUCCUGGCGGCGGCCUGGCUGACGGGCCAGCUGGGCCACAUCGUGGGGGCGCGGCGCCGCUGCUGGCUGGUGCUGUGCAACCUGCUGCAGACGGCGCUCGUCUUCGCUGCCGCGGGCCUGCAGUACGCCCACCGCUCCCCGACCACGGGCCGCCUCGACCUCGACGGCGCCCGCGCCCCGAGCACCCUCUGGGCCAUCGGCCUGCUCGCCACCGCCGCGGGGAGCCAGGUCGUCCAGGCCCGCUCCCUGCGCGUGACCGAGAUUACGACGGCCAUGGCCACGGCCGCGUGGGUCGAUCUGAUGAUUGAUCCGAACUUGUAUGCGCGCAGCAACAGGGGCCGGAAUAGGAGGCUGGGGUUUUUGGCGGCGCUGGUGUUGGGGACGCUGGCGGGCGCGUUUAUCUUCAGGAGGGUGGGGUCGCCGGCGGCGUUGGUCGUCUCUGCGGCGGGUAAGUUGCUGGUGACGGUUAUGUAUCUGUUCAACCCGGCGGAUAAACCCAAGGCGGAGGAGAGUGCCGAGGAUUCGGCGUGA